AAUUGGAGCCAGAAAAGAAACAUGAAGUGGCUUGUAAUCCUCGGGCUGGUGGCCCUCUCAGAGUGCCUGGUCAUAAUCCCUCUAACGAAGGUGAAGACCAUGCGGGAAACCCUCAGGGAAAAAAACCUGCUGACAAAGUUCCUGGAGAAGAACAUUGAUGGAACACUCCAGAAUGCCACUGAUGACCCAAAUAUUUCUCUUCAACCCCUGAAGAACUACCAGGACGUGGUCUACAUCGGCAACAUCACCAUUGGAACGCCCCCUCAGGAGUUCAGGGUCAUGUUUGACACUGGCUCAUCUGACUUGUGGGUGCCCUCUAUCUACUGCCACAGUGCCUUCUGUCAUAAACACAGGGUCUUCAACCCUGUAUUGUCCACCACAUAUCAUUUCCAGAACCGGUGCAUUGAAAACAGAUUUGUCGCUGGGAGGACUGUUGGAUUUCUUGGCUAUGAAACCGUUCGGAUCGGAAACCUUGUCAUCUUGGGCCAGGCGUUUGUCCUGAGCCAUGCGCAGAUUGGGUUUGAGUAUGUACCCUUUGAUGGCAUGCUGGGCCUGGGCUACCCCAGUCUCGCUUUCAAAGGGACCACCCCCAUCUUCGACAACCUGAAGAACCGGGGCCUCAUUUCUCGGCCUGUCUUUGCCUUCUACUUGACCAGUAGGAAGGAGAAUGGCAGCAUGGUGAUGUUUGGUGGGGUGGACCACAGAUACCACAAAGGAAGGCUCAAGUGGAUACCAGUGUCCCGAACCCACAACUGGCAGAUAACCAUGAACCGCAUCACCCUGAACGGGAUGGUUGUUGGUUGUUUCCGGGGCUGCCAGGCCAUUGUGGAUACGGGGACCACGUUCCUGAUGGGUCCAACUAGACUGAUCGUUACCAUCCAGAAGCUCAUCACUGCCAGGCCUGGCGGUCGAAAGUACAUGGUUCAAUGUAGCAACAUCACGAGCCUACCUAGUAUCAUCUUCACCAUCAAUGGCUACAAUUACCCAGUGCCUGCUCGAGCCUACUUCAAAAAGCAUCAUGACGGCACCUGUUCCAGCAUGUUUCGAGGGGGCCUAGAGAACUUGUUCCCAUCAGAGACCUGGAUCCUGGGUGAUGUCUUCCUGAGGCUGUAUUUCUCGGUUUAUGAUCGGGGAAACAACAAAAUAGGCCUGGCUCCCGCAGUGUAA